GCGUUCGCGGGUUGUAGGUGGUGCUAGAGGCUGCCGGGGGGUUGUAGGGAGACGGCGCUGCCGCCAUUUUGUGGAGUGUUUGUCGCAGCGCCUGUAGAGAGAAGACGGCGGUUUGGCGGCCUUUCGUGGCCAAAAGGCCUUUUGCUUUUGCGGAGAUGCGGCAUUCCAAAAGAACUCACUGCCCUGAUUGGGAUAGCAGAGAAAGCUGGGGACAUGAAAGCUACAGUGGAAGUCACAAACGGAAGAGGAGAUCCCACAGUAGUACACAAGAGAACAGACAUUGUAAACCACAUCACCAGUUUAAAGAAUCUGAUUGAUGUUCCAUUGGGACUGUUUGCCAGAUUGCUUUCUAAAUUAGCCAGCUGGGGUUACUUUAAAAAACAUCAUUAUUUAGAAGCAAGGUCCUUGAAUGAGAGAGAUUAUCGGGACCGGAGAUACAUUGAUGAAUACAGAAAUGACUACUGCGAAAGAUAUGUUCCUAGACAUUAUCACAGAGACAUUGAAAGCAGUUAUCGAAUCCAUUGCAGUAAAUCUUCAGUCCGAAGCAGGAGAAGCAGUCUUAAAAGGAAACGUAAUAGACACUGUUCAAGUCAUCAGUCACGUUCGAAGAGCCACCGAAGGAAAAGAUCCAGGAGUAUAGAGGAUGAUGAGGAGGGUCACCUGAUCUGUCAAAGUGGAGACGUUCUAAGAGCAAGAUAUGAAAUCGUGGACACUUUGGGUGAAGGGGCCUUUGGCAAAGUUGUAGAGUGCAUUGAUCAUGGCAUGGAUGGCAUGCAUGUAGCAGUGAAAAUUGUAAAAAAUGUGGGUCGAUAUCGUGAAGCAGCUCGUUCAGAAAUCCAAGUAUUGGAGCAUUUAAAUAGUACUGAUCCCAAUAGUGUCUUCCGAUGUGUCCAGAUGCUAGAAUGGUUUGAUCAUCAUGGUCAUGUUUGUAUUGUGUUUGAACUACUGGGACUUAGUACCUAUGAUUUCAUUAAAGAAAAUAGCUUUCUGCCAUUUCAAAUUGACCACAUCAGGCAAAUGGCAUAUCAGAUCUGUCAGUCAAUAAAUUUUCUGCAUCAUAAUAAAUUAACCCAUACAGAUCUGAAGCCUGAAAAUAUUUUAUUUGUGAAGUCUGACUAUGUAGUCAAAUAUAAUUCUAAAAUGAAACGUGAUGAACGCACACUGAAAAACACAGAUAUCAAAGUUGUUGAUUUUGGAAGUGCAACAUACGAUGAUGAACAUCAUAGUACUUUGGUAUCUACACGGCAUUACAGAGCCCCAGAGGUCAUUUUAGCUUUAGGUUGGUCUCAGCCUUGUGAUGUUUGGAGCAUAGGUUGCAUUCUUAUUGAAUAUUACCUUGGUUUCACAGUCUUUCAGACUCAUGAUAGUAAAGAGCACCUGGCAAUGAUGGAACGAAUAUUAGGACCCAUACCAACACACAUGAUUCAGAAAACAAGAAAACGCAAGUAUUUUCAUCAUAACCAGCUAGAUUGGGAUGAACAUAGUUCUGCUGGUAGAUAUGUUAGGAGACGCUGCAAACCAUUAAAGGAGUUUAUGCUUUGUCAUGAUGAAGAACAUGAGAAACUGUUUGACCUGGUUCGAAGAAUGUUAGAAUAUGAUCCUGUGAAAAGAAUUACCUUGGAUGAAGCAUUGCAGCAUCCUUUCUUUGACUUAUUAAAAAAGAAAUGAAAUGGAAAUCAGUGGUCUUACUAUACUUCUCUAGAAGAGAUUACUUAAGACUGUGUCAGUCAACUCUAAACAUUCUAAUAUUUUUGUAAACAUUAAAUUAUUUUGUACAGUUAAGUGUAAAUACUGUAUGUUUUGUAUCAAUAGCAUAAUUAUCUUGUUAAGCAAAUAUGGUCUUGAUAAUGAAUGAAAUAUAAAAGCUGAAAUUAAUUUUCCUUUUUUGAGAUUAAUUACCAUUUUUAAAGACCUUUGGAAUAUCCUUUGUGUCCAGUGAUAAAAUGUGAUUGAUCUUGUCUUUUGUACAUGGAGGUUGACUCUGAAGUUAAUUUCGUUUCUUCUUCUUCUUUUUUUUUUUUUUGAGUAAAAGGAACUCUUGACUACUUCAUUCUUAAAUGAAUAUUCUUUAUAUACCUCAAAUUCAGAAAUUUUAACUCAAAAAUUUUUUUUUUGUAAUUGUUGAACAGGUGGUAAGUAUUACUCUAGGUAGUCAGGUAUUGGAAAUCAAACCUCCUGGGAAAUGUUUACUGUUGGAAUUUCAUUAAAUUGUAAUUAUGUUCUGUUUCA